AUAAAAGGAAAAAAUGUAAUUGAUAACACAUCAGACGUGUGUGCGCGUGGGAAUAAAAACCCAGACUGGCCGCACGAGAGAGAACAGUCAUAUUAUAUAUAUUUAAUUCUUCCGAUAGUUCCGAUCAGUAAAGAGGCGCAAUGUCCCAAUCCAAUCUGGUGUUGGCCAUUAUUUUGGCCUGCGUGAGCGCAGUGGUCAUUAGCCAGGUGGUGGUGCCGGGUCCAUGUCCCGAUCUCACCGUGCAGCAGAACUUUGACAUAGACAGUUAUCUGGGCAAGUGGUACCAGCAGAAGGUUUACAACGUCUCGUUCGAGCAGGGCAGGUGCGACUUUGGCGAGUACCUGGACAACUUUAACGGCACCUACACCUUUAUUGAGAACGCCAUCAGAGUCUCAAAUGGAGAAUUCCUCCAAGAUUACGCAUUAGCUGAGAUAGUCGGCGAGAACGGGGAGGCCAAACUGACCAUUACACAUUACGCAGAAACCGGAAUACCGGCUGACUACUGGGUCCUCGGCACUGAUUACGUCAACUUUGCCGUCGUCUGGUCCUGCAGAGUUGAAGGCACAGACUCUUUGAGACUGUCAUGGAUUUUGUCUCGCGAGCGCCAGGCCAGUAACGAGACGCUUCAACUGGCCUAUGAGGUGGUCAGGGCCAACAAUCUCACCGAAGUCUACAAAACCACCGACCAGGAAAAUUGUAACAACUAAUUUUUUAAAUAAUGCAUAUACAAUGACACCAUAAUAUCAAGAGAAAAAAUAAAUUAAAUUGACGAUAGCUAUAAAGUAGAAAAAUUUCA